AUGGCUCGAUCCAAAUAUGUUCGUGCUCCUACAACUGCCAGUCUCCCCGGUGACCUUCGAAUACCCUCCUCCACGCCGUCGUUAGUCAAGACGUUCAGCAAACUCACUCGCCAGGCUUUGCUUGACCUUGUCUUCCAGUGGCUUGAUGAUCGCAAUAUCCAAAACUUUGCCCCAUAUCUUCAAGAAGUCAAUGAAGGCACUGAAAGGGAGGAUGAUGGCGACGAUGAAGGGUUUCGUCCCUAUCCCGCUGAACGCACCAUCAACGGCGUUCGCAACGCCUACCAGGAGCUGCAGUUUCGGAAGGGGGGAAAGCGUGAAGUCAUAGAACGAAUUCUCGAUGGUGAUUGGAGGCACGGCGUCACACUCCGUCAACUGGCCAUGGUCGAUCUGCGUUACAUAGACGACCACCCAUCCUGUUUGCGCUGGACAGCCCUUGAACUCGUUCAGAUCGGCGUCUUGUCCUCGAAUAACCCGUCCGCGUGUAUCCCGCGUGUUCACGCAUCCACCUUUUUGAGUGGUCUACAGCGUGAAAUCUCUCCCUUGGUAAAAGCACAUUAUCAUCUUGGCCGGUUGACUUCUCUUCCCCUCACGGUGCUCCGCGUCUUCGUUACCACCUCGCCUUACCAAAUUGCCUCUCGCCAGAACGCCGAAUCGCUUACCGACUCGUCUAGGACCAUUUAUGUUGCCUUCCCAGACAGCUGUCCCUUCAUCUACACGUCGAUCGCUUCUUCCCCAGUAGCAUCCAAAGCUGGUUCUGCCACACAAAAUUCCCCUAUAGCAACAGACUCUCGCAGUCUCCAGCGCCUGGUUCGAGAUGCCAUCCCCAAGGCCCUCUCUCUCCCCCACCAACGGUAUACUCUCAAACCCACUUCCCUAACAGCUAAGAGUCUCGAAGCCCUGCUCUCUUUCCGUGGCCCUGGCCGAUCCAAUCGCGCCGGUGGCGCAUUCAGUAUCUUCGCAGACGCCGCCUUGGAAGGCAGCCCCUUGGACCCGCGACCAUCCAGCACCGUCUCCCCGGAGGAGCAUGUCCGCCAAUCUACGUCACACCAUCUCAACACACCCGGCGGCAAAGAGAACACGGCAGCUGACUCAGAAGAGGUCUCUUACAAAAUUGGAAGGCCCCCUAAACGAUCUCUUGCCAAUAUCAGAGAAUCUCAAAUCUCAAAGAAGCGGGCUCUAGCCCUGCAGGCCCGCUUUGGUAGCUCAGGGGCCUUAUCCUCCGCGCCACUCGAUCGACUCGAUGUUCGGCUGCUUGAUGCCCUGACGGGUGAUGCAAAAACAGAGGAGCACGCUCAACAGACCCCAAUCUCACUUACAUUCACGGGGACGGAUGUUAUUGGUGGAUUUCGCAAGCUUGCGGAGCUGGGUAUCGUCGACGCGGAGCGAAUGCCUUCGUGGAUGACGGGCGAGGAAGGUGUCAGCACCGUCGUGGUGAGGGAGGGAAAGCGAGUGACAAAGGCCGGUGGAUGA